CUGUCAAACAUUGACACCGAGAGUUUUACUUUCAAUAGUGAUUUUUUGUCUUUAUUUACUGUAUUUUGCUUAACAAAGAUUAAACCUGAACUAUAAUCAAAUAGUUCUGGACAAAGCUGAUUUAAGUAGGUGGAAUCUAAACUGAUUGCUUCAUGUUUUGACGGAUUUUUCUACCAGACUGCCAUUCACAAACACACCAGGGUGUAAAAUUACUCCGGUAUGAAUCUGUACCACUAUCUCAACUCGGUUCAGCGCGUUUGGAAUGCCACCGAAGGUCAAGCCGUAGCUCGAUUGCUUUCGCUGGUCGACUAUCAUGUGAACAAUCCAACGCUCUACGUUGAACAUCCUGAGACAGCCGUGGAUCGACAGUUGGAAUCGCCACUAGAUGAGGUUGUUUCGUGCCAUCUGAAAGUGUUGUUCUACCUGACAAAAGAACCCAGAAACUACAGCGAAGCCUACAAACAACAAACCAACUGCAUUCAGGCCGUAGUCAAAAUGUUGCAGUUGUUAAAAGAUGAAAACUGGUUUCUGCCGAUCAUGUACACGGUGGCUAUUGAUUUGCGUCGACUGGCGGCCAAAUGUGAGGAACAGUUGAAGACUUCGAAGCCGGGAGAGAUUCUGGAGAAAGCCGCCGAAUGUUUGAUGGGAUGUUUUCGUGUUUGUGCUGCGGACAAUCGAGCUUCGGAUACCGAUACCAAACGGCUAGGAAUGCUGAAUUUGGUUAACCAGUUGUUUAAGGUUUAUUUUCGCAUCAACAAACUGAAUUUGUGCAAACCAUUGAUACGAGCGAUUGAAAGUUCCAAUUUCAAGGAAUCGUUCAGUCUGGCACAGCGCAUUACGUAUAAAUAUUUUGCCGGCAGGAAGGCGAUGUUCGAUUCGGAUUACAAAAAUGCCGAUGAAUAUUUGAGUUUUGCAUUUGAAAAUUGCCCGAGAAAGUUCUCGAGAAAUAAACGACUCAUACUGAUCUAUCUGGUUCCCGUAAAAAUGUUGCUGGGUUUUAUGCCCCGAAAGGAAAUUCUCGAGAGAUACAACGUUCUCCAGUUUCACGACUUGACUAUGGCCGUAAAGGAUGGCAAUGUGCGACGGUUCGACGAGGUCAUCCAGAAGCACGAAUCAUUCUUCAUCAAGGCCGGCAUUUAUCUGAUCGUGGAAAAACUGAAAAUUUUGGCCUACCGGAAUCUUUUCAAGAAGGUUUAUCUGAUACUGCAGACCCAUCAGAUCGAUUUGAAUGCUUUUCUGACGGCACUGCAGUGGGUUGGCGAGGAGGAUCUCACCAUGGACGAAACGCACUGCAUCGUGGCGAAUUUGAUCUACGAGGGCCGAAUCAAAGGCUACAUCAGUCUGCAGCACAACAAACUGGUCGUGUCGAAGCAGAAUCCGUUCCCAAAUGUGAUCGUUACGUAAGGGUUGAGAGAAGAAAAUGAAUAAAAACUUUUAAUUUGA